AUGAGCGAGCAGCCGCUGUCUACGCCAGUAUCUCGGCGCCUCUCGAGCGUUAAGAACAUUAUCAUUGUGCUUUCGGGCAAGGGCGGUGUCGGCAAGUCGAGUUCCGCGGUCCAGCUUGCGCUCUCCCUGCUCAACACUGGCCCGAAUGUGCGUGUCGGUCUCCUCGAUCUGGACCUGACCGGCCCCUCCCUCCCGCGCAUGGUGGGACUGGACGACCCGAGCGCGACCGUGAAGCAGUCCUCCGCGGGCUGGGUUCCAGUCUAUGUCGACAAGGAGGGCCGGCUGGGCGUCAUGUCGAUCGGGUUCCUGCUGAAGAACCGGGGCGAUUCUGUCGUCUGGCGCGGCCCAAAGAAGGACGGCAUGAUCCGCCAGUUCCUCCAAGAAGUCCGAUGGGGCGACCUCGAUUACCUCGUCAUCGACACGCCGCCGGGCACGACGGACGAGCACAUCAGUCUCCUGACGCACCUGCACCCCCUGUUCACCCCGACAGCAGCCAAUCCGACCACACCAACGGCCGUGAUGGUCACGACGCCCCAGAAGACCGCUAUCAACGAUACGAUCAAGUCUGUCUCUUUCACGCGCAAGCUCGGCCUGCCCGUGCUGGGUGUCGUCGAGAAUAUGGCAGGAUACGCGUGCCCGUGCUGUCAUGAGAUCAGCGCCUGCUUCGGCAAGGGUGGAGGGGAGGAUAUGGCGAAAGACCAAGGGCUAGAGUUCCUCGGCAGCGUGCCUAUUGACACGAAGCUGGUCGAUCUGCUCGAUGCGGUGAGCAAGGGCGAGAUGCCAGGCGAAGGGGCUAAGGGGGAAGACGCGAACGAGAGUGCAGCCGAGUCUGGCGCGCAGGCUGAGGCCAAGACGGGGGAUCCGGCAGGGAAGGAUGGCGAGCCGAACGGUCAGUCGAACGGGCACACCGAGCAGUUCCCCCUGCUUGAUCGGUACAACGAGACCACGUCGGCGAGGGUCUGGAAGGAUAUCGCGGGCAAAGCGGUGGACGAUAUCAACAGGCGACGGGGGGAGAUAAGCGCCAAGCUCCAGGCCGCUUAG